UCCCAGAGCAUCUUCCGGCGGGAGCCGUGCAGCUCCUUACCAUGGGGACAAUUCAUCUCUUCAGAAAACCACAAAGAUCUUUUUUUGGCAAGUUAUUACAGGAAUUUAGACUGGUAGCAGCUGACCGAAGGUCCUGGAAGAUACUGCUCUUUGGUGCAAUAAAUUUAACAUGUACUGGCUUCCUGCUUAUGUGGUGUAAUUCUACCAAUAGUAUAGCUUUAACUGCAUAUACUUACCUGACCAUUUUUGAUCUUUUUAGUUUAGUAACAUGUUUAAUCAGUUACUGGGUAAUGAUGAGGAAACCUAGCCCUGCGUAUUCAUUUGGAUUUGAAAGGUUAGAAGUCCUGGCUGUAUUUGCCUCCACAGUCUUGGCACAGUUGGGAGCUCUCUUUAUAUUAAAAGAAAGUGCAGAACGCUUUUUGGAGCAGCCCGAGAUACACACGGGAAGAUUAUUAGUUGGUACUUUUGUGGCUCUUUCUUUCAAUCUCUUCACGAUGCUUUCUAUUCGGAAUAAACCUUUUGCUUAUGUCUCUGAAGCUGCUAGUACGAGUUGGCUUCAAGAACACGUUGCGGAUCUUAGUCGAAGCUUGUGUGGAAUUAUUCCAGGACUUAGCAGUAUCUUCCUUCCCCGGAUGAAUCCAUUUGUUUUGAUUGAUCUUGCUGGAGCAUUUGCUCUUUGUAUUACAUAUAUGCUAAUUGAAAUUAAUAAUUAUUUUGCUGUAGACACUGCCUCAGCCAUAGCCAUUGCACUGAUGACAUUUGGCACUAUGUAUCCUAUGAGCGUGUACAGUGGGAAAGUAUUACUCCAGACAACACCACCUCAUGUUAUUGGUCAGUUGGACAAACUUAUCAGAGAGGUGUCUACCUUGGAUGGAGUUUUGGAAGUCCGAAAUGAGCAUUUCUGGACCCUAGGUUUUGGCUCAUUGGCUGGAUCAGUUCAUGUGAGAAUUCGACGAGAUGCAAAUGAACAAAUGGUCCUUGCUCAUGUGACCAACAGGCUGUACACACUAGUGUCUACUCUGACUGUUCAGAUUUUCAAGGAUGAUUGGAUCAGGCCUGCCUUACUGUCUGGGCCUGUUGCAGCCGGCGUCCUAAACUUUUCAGAUCAUCAUCACGUAAUCCCAAUGCCUCCAUUAAAGGGGACUGAUGAGUCAAACCCUGUCACAUCGACUCCAGCUAAACAUAGUAGUCCACCUCCAGAAUUUUCAUUUAACACCCCUGGGAAAAACGUGAGCCCAGUUAUUCUUCUAAAUACACAAACAAGACCUUAUGGUUUGGGUCUUAAUCAUGGACACACACCUUAUAGCAGCAUGCUUAAUCAAGGACAUGGAGUUCCAGGAAUUGGAGCAACCCAAGGAUUCAGGACUGGUUUUACAAAUAUACCAAGCAGAUAUGGAACUAACAAUAGAAUUGGACAACCAAGACCAUGAUGUACUGUAAUUUAAUUUAUUUUUAUGAAGAAUAUUGACUCUUUGCCUUCCAGUUUGUUUCAUAAUCCAAUUUUACAUCGACUGUUCAAUCAGUUACUCUAAGUGUUAGAGAAUAGUAGGCUUGUUCACAUUUCAUGAAACCAAUGAAACUAUAUUUUUGUAAAUGUAUUUGGGGCAGUGAGAACCUUCUAAAUGUUAUAGGCUUUAAAUAGGCUUCCUUUAGAAGGAGUGUUUAUCUAAAUUUGAAUUUUGCUAUCUUUGGUUUUGUAGUUGACUGCAGUGUGAUAUAACAUUACCUUUAUAAGAGAGCCACUUGAUGGAUUGGAUCUGUCACAUUAUCAAAAAUAUAAUACUUUCUCCAGUGAAAUUUAUAAACAUGCUUCUUGAAUACACAUUUUAGAAAAAAAAAUACAUUCUAAAAGUAAAAGUCUUUUUUACAGAUUUUCCAAACUUAAUUGCUACAUUUUUUUGUCGUCCUCCGGAAUUGUCUUGCAAAGUAAAAGCAAAAUAUUUUAUGAGAAAUUCAAGAACAUAUUCUAAUAUCAGGCAUAAUUUAAAAUUUUUAGUUAUCAGUUUUUUUUAUAGAUUUUACUAAAAAAAACUGAUACAUUUGUAAAUGGCCCAUCAUUCUCCAAGUAUUUUAUUUUGGUUGAAUAAAUGCUGAAUCCUUAGGUGAUAUGCAGUGAAGGAAUCCCAAUUUUCUGCUUUACAUGUAGUCAAACACUGACAUAAUGAUGGAUUUAUUUUUUGAUCACCUUUUUUUUUUUUAAGUUUUUUUGGGGGGUAGAUAAUUAGGUUUAUGUAUUUAUUUACUUUUUUUAAAGGAGGUAAUAAGGAUUGAACCCAGGACCUUGUGCAUACUAAGCACUUGUUCCACCACUUUGAGCUAUAACCUCCCCACUGGUCACCUUUUCAUUGGUUGACUUAUCAAUUUCUAAUUUUAUUAACAAAAUAUAUCACAUAUAUUACCAAAAUAUGUGGAAUUCCAUACAUAAUAUGUGAUUUAAUCUUUUUUCAAAGUUGCAUAAACAGUUUGUUUACAUUAUAUAAUUUUACCAAAACAUAGUAGACCUUAGCUUAUAGAAUACAGCAUUGUUAGAUCUGCCAUAGACACUUUCUAACUUACUUUGUUUUGUCUUGUUGAAAAUAGUGAAUUGUUAACUAUAAUGAAGUGUGAGAAUCAUGUAGAUUACUAUUUUAUUAUUUUCCAAAUGCAAAUGUUAAGGACUUUCUGAUAUGGCCAGUAUUACUUAUAAAAAUUAUAAUAAGCAGCAGUUACAAAUUACGUAUGAGUUUUUUCAUUUUAUCAUGAAUUUUAUAAUUAGGAUUUUAAAAAUGGAUUUUGAAAGUGGAUUCAGCUUUUAUAGAAUCCAGUACUCCUGGAGAUUGGUAACAUUGCCAGCCAUUAGCAGCUAUCUAGAGAAGAUUUUUUUUUUUUUAAGAAUUCUCAAGUUUCUUCAACUAUCCUCCUUUAAAUAUGAGCAACACUCCCACAUCCUGUUUCUUCACAGUGGAAUAGUAAACAUCUAGGAAGCCACCUCUGUCAAGCAGAAUUGUAGUCAUCCUGUGAUAGUAAGUGACCAUGUCCCGAAUAACUUUUGCUUGAUGGGGAGUUGAUUAUUGUCUUUGACAUCUGCGACCCUAUUCAGGCAUUUGACCUACUGAAGAAAUAGAGCCCACCUUACCUUGACUGCUGUGGAAAGUGAAACCUAAAAUGUGAUAAAGCAACCUUCUCCUUGUCCUUUGUCUUAGGUUCACCAACUGUUACUGUACCUAUUAUUGGUCUACUAUUACAGGGUGGUUUUUCCUCCAUUGACCUCAUCUAAAUGUGAAGUCGGUCAUGCAUGAAAUCUGAAGAACUGCCAUGUACCGAGUGGUGAUUAUAAGGUAUGUGCUGCCACCCUAUGCAUUCUUCUCCGUCCCCAGGGGAUUUUUGAAGUGCCUAGGUACUGAACACAGUUCUGUGUGAGAAUAAAUGCCUACUUACUCAGCAUCUAUUCAGAGGCAACACCUGUGCAGUUGUCCCACCUAAGGUGCUUGGGUACCCACCUACACUAUUCGGGCAGUUGUCUGUGGGUUCUGAAAGUGUUGGCUCUGCUUGCUGAACAGUAAUGCCAGCUGCCACAGGUGACAUUUUAUCAGGCAUUAGUAUGUAGAGAAGCCAUAUUUCCCAAGCUAUGGCCAAAUUCUGUGUAUGGAACACGACAAACUUGGUCAGCAUAGGGCAAGAGGCAGUAGCUUCUGCCAUGGUUUGUGAUUGAGUGGCUUGUGAUUGAGCAGGCUCUGUGGAGUGUGGUCAGUCCUGUUUGAGAAAUCACUGUAUUGUAAUGGAAGAAACACUGGACUGGAAGACAAGAGAUUUCAGUUACAAUCCUGAUACUGCCCCUGUGUAAGUAGUUUUAUAACCAUAGGAAAGUCAUUUGACUUCUUGGAGCUUUCUCAUCUAUAAGGUUUAGGUAGGGAAUGAAGUUUAAUCUGUAAACUGUUAGCUCUAAAAUUGUGUAACUAAACCUGGAGAAUAUAUGUCCACUUGCGAAAACAGAAUAUUGUGCCCAGAAUUUUUCAGUGACUACCUCAACACAUAGGACAAGUGUUACUCAAGCCAUUAAUUUGAGGUGCCAUGAUAACAGAAGGUAAACUACAGGCUCACACCAUUUUGGUUUUUGUUUAUUUCAGAGUUGCCUCAGCUUAAAUCUGUUUAGAUUAAACAGAUUUUUCUUAGACUUCUUUGUGGGGAAGGAUUAUUUUUGGAGGUGUUGGAGAAAAGAUUAGGAGAGCAUACCCCUAAUUUCCAUAGGGUACAAACGAAUGUGAUCCAUUUUUUUCUUUCUUCCUUAAUGUCUAAAGUGACAGAAUUACAUACACAUAUCAGCAACUGGAGAGGAGCUGAAUUUCAAACCUCUGAUUAACUGCCCAUAAACUGCCAAUUUUUUUUUUGCUUGACU